AUGCUAAAACGUGAUAUUUUGCGAAGAGAAAAGAAAAAUAUCGGACUUCGGGCUGAUGCUGAAGUCAAACGACUUGAAUUGCAAUACAAACUCGACGUUGAGCGAGACCUUGAGGCUAGUUUUCCAGAAGGAACGCAAACCGCAAAUCCUCAUGACGUGUCUUGUGUCAUGUUGGAUUCAUUGAAAAGCAACGUUGAAGCUUUAGAGGCUUUGUUUAAAGUACGAGAAAAGAAGCUCAAGUUCAAGGUGGAGCAAUUUCAUACCUUGAAUCGGAAUCCAGACGUUUCUCACAUCAUGUGCAUGAAGGCAGAAGCCCUAAAGAUGGAGAAGCGCGUGGAGAGGGUCUCUGAACGAACCAGAACCCUGGAAAAGCUGGCCAAAGUCAUAAAACUCAAACUCGUCGACGUUUUGACAAUGUGGGACGAGAGCAUGAGGGAAACUGGCGACUCACUCAGAGCAGCGAACGCUCUUUUGAGCAAAAUUUUCCGCGAGGGCUCUGAAACAGAUUCUUCUUUCUACAAAGAAGCCGUGCAAUUGCUGACUGAAGCUGGGGUUCAGCAUCCCAUCAGAACCCUGAGAGAAGACGUUUUACAAUGCCUGAAAAUCUUUGUUGAAGGCAUGGAGAACCUGAAGGGGAUUAACGCCAGGUUCGAUGAUGUUCCUGCCUGGACUGAAGACUGAAUUCGUCUCGUGGUCAAUUCUUUUUUUCUAUUGUUUCAUUUAUAUUGAAAUCAAAAACAGCUUUUGAUAUUGCUUCAUGUGAAGAAAAUGUGGCUGCUUCUGUA